GGCGCGAACAACACUGAAGGGGACAACAACUCCGGCGGACAGAAGCAGACGGUGAUGCUGAGGACCAAGGACAACAAGCUGGUGGAGAUGGAUGAGGGGGUGGCCAAGCUGUCGAAGGCCCUUCGCCGCCAGAUCGAAGGGGGAUUCGCCGUCGAUGCCAUCCCCGUCGAUGUCAAUAAAAAAACCCUGGAAAAAGUCAGAGCGUGCUGCAACGCGCGGGGUCGUUGGGCAUCUUGGCCGCCUGAAGUGGUGAAGGAGAAGAUGAAAGAGAGCUUUGAUGAUGAGUUGGCCGCCGAAACCUUUGACUUUGCUAAGCGUUUCUUCAUGUUUCAGGCUGCAAUUUCUCUCGAGAUUAUAGAAUUGAUUGAUUUGCUCGGUGAAACUUUGGCUGCUAAGAUGAGAGGGAAAUCUGCUGAUGAGCUUCUCAGCAUGAUAAAAAAAGACAAUGAGCUCACCCCUGAGGAAGAGGAACAAGUUCUUAAGGAUCUCCAGAGGAUCGUUGGUUGAAAAGGAUAUCCUUUUUACAAGUACACUGACUAUGAUUUUGCAAUGGGCCUCUGGUAAAACAAGUUUAGAUUCUGGUUUGUAUAAUGGUGGUUUAGGGUUGAAAGUAUGGGUAAGACUACAGUAACAUUUUUUUUUUCACUACAUUCACACAGCUAGAUGACUUCUGGAGGUUCUUGGAUUUGGGUGAGUUUAGUAUCCUGACAAUGCACAAUACCGUAUCAUUUUUUCGGGUU